UUGCACCCUGUGACAAGAAUCAGCAUCUAAAGAUAAAAGGAAGACGCAGGGAAAAAAUUUUAGAGGAGAAAAGAAGCUUUUACAAUGUUGCCACAGCUAAAUCUAAGGCAUCACACAUAUAAGUUUAUUAGCCUACAAGCUGGCUUUCCCUUUAUUCGUAUUCCCUCCUCGUAAUCUAGACCACUUAUAAAGCUUUCUUGACAAAGCCUACAGUUCUUGCCUAUGGUUUCUCCUCAACCUCCUUCUUCACGUAAUUCAAUUGAGCUUCUUCCAUUUGUUUCUGCCAAAAUGAAGAAAACUUACGGUAUUGUUGUCUGCAUCUUGAUUAUUAUUUUGGAUGUUACAGCAGGAAUUCUUGGAAUUCAAGCUGAAAUAGCUCAAAACAAGGUGAACCAUUUCAAAAUGUGGAUAUUUGAGUGUAAAGACCCAAGCUAUAAUGCUUUCAAGCUAGGUUUGGCUGCAGCCAUACUGCUUGCCCUUGCUCACGCCAUUGCCAACCUGGUUGGUGGGUGCAUUUUUGUUCGAUCUGCCCAGGACUACAAAGGAUUAUCCGCUAACAAGCAACUUGCUGCGGGUUCACUCAUAUUUGCAUGGAUUGCGCUAAUUGUUGGGUUCUCCUUGCUCAUCUCUGGGGCGAUGUAUAACACAAGGUCGAGAAAGUCAUGCGGACUCGCACACAAUCAACUUCUGUCUAUAGGGGGGAUUGUGUGCUUCGUGCACGGCCUGUUUGCAGUUGCUUAUUAUGUUUCUGUCACAGCUGGACAAAGGGAGGAUACAAAGCCACCACCACAAGGGAAUCCUGCCGUAGCUACAGGCCAUGUUUAGCUCUUUGAUCUUCAUGUUAUCCUAAAAAUGCAAUCAAUGAACUUCACUUCAAUUUUUCAGCCGUAAGAUUUUGUGAAAUGGACUGCUUUCAAAUUCUGCAUGUUACUUCAACUCGUAGCUAGAUACUAAAUUCAGGAAAUUGUUCUCCUUGCAAAAUAUAAAAUGAUAUCCCUCGCGAAGUUGGUCA